GUUGGAUGUCCCUUGUGAAAAAAGAACUGAAGAGUAGACGGGUGAGUGUACUCUUCUCUUCUCCCUCCUUUUUGUUAAACCCUACUUUGUCGCAGCUCAAAUCCCCGAGAACUCGUACCGGGAACGCCUCUCCCGUCAUCGACGACAUCUCAACGACAUCCUAGCCCGCUAGUCAAGCUCUGGUAAGCUUCAUUGCAGCUCAAAUAAAAAAAAGGGCGACAGAAAAUUGAAGAACCCGAAACUCGAAUCACCAUCAUCUUUUUCACCUGUGACCUUUAAGAUUCUGCGAAGACAGCUAGUGUUAGAAUUGAAGCAAUUUCUCGAAGAUUGCUGGUAGAAGAAAUGAUAAGGAUAGGUGGCGUUUCAUUGCGAUCCAUUAGCAUUCGCUCGUCUGUCCGACGCUUAACUCCCCAUUUCGCUAAACCUCUCUCUACAACUGCUACUUCAGGUGAUCUAAUUGAUGAUAAAGAAAGUCCUAAAUCCUUUGAGUCUCGUGAUGAUUUUGAGCAGCGGAUAUUUGGUGGCAUUUCUGGGAGCAGCUCAGCAUCUGAGUCCUUUUUCCAGAAGCUUGACAGACUUUCAAAGGCCCGCAACUUUACUAAUUCCGGACCAGAUAAAAGAUAUGGUUCCGAGGUUUGGAAUGACCUGGAUGGAGAGGAAGAGUAUGAUGGAAAGGGUGAUGCUGAGGGAAUGGAUGAUUUUGAUGAUAUGGAUGAGUAUGAUGAAAUGGAUGAGAGUUUUGACUCAUUAUCUGAUGGAAUGGAUGAGAAGUUAAAGAAAGCAGCCACAUAUUAUAAGGUUGAUCCUGAGGAAAUGGAAGAGGAAGACUAUGAGUACAGACCUGAUAUGAGAUUUCCAAUUGGGUCUACUUAUGACAUUAAGGAUCUGGAUCUUAGAAAGCCAGGGGUAAGUAAAGCUGUCAGAAGACGAGAGUUUGAAGUAACAACAGAGGAAGUUCUGGCACAAGCUGACUUCAGGAACGUUAGCUUCCUUGCAAAUUUCAUAACAGAGGCUGGAAUUAUCAUCAAGAGGAGCCAGACUGGCAUAAGUGCUAAGGCGCAGAGAAAGGUCGCAAGGGAGAUCAAAACAGCUCGAGCUUUUGGUUUAAUGCCUUUCACUACAAUGGGGACAAAGUCAUUUGUUUUUGGGAAAUCUAUGGAGCAUCUUGACCAGGACUUUGAAUAUGAGAGUUUCAGUGGGCCGAUGGAGGAUGAUGAUGAUGUCAACCCUCGCAGAGCUUAGGAAGCUACCCCUGCAAUGUGAAAUUAACCUUACCUUGAUUAAAUUUUGAGGAGGAACUUCUGGAAAAGAUUUCAAUGUUCAAAAGCCGAAAAUGGAAUACAGUGAGGUGAUGAAUUGGCAAGAUUGUUUUUGAGGCCAAUUCAGGUUUUUUUUGUAUCAUUAGAAUUAUUCCUUAAUAAUUCUCGAUGCAUGUAGCACCAAUGAUAUUUAAGCUCUUUUCUACUUGCUUCUCCAUUGCUU